CCCGCUUCGCUGGCCAUUCAAUCAUCGCCAGGCCAGAUCUGAUCAGGGACCGUCACAGAACCAAACUCGUCACUUCUUUUGUGUUGUUCGCUGUAAUUUUACAUCGCCCUUGUCGGCCCCUUCUCCUCAACCACCAGAUAGGGUGAAUUUUCUUUCUUGAGGCCCUUUUAUCUAAUUCUUUUUUGUCCGCUUCGGUCCCGUCCCUUUGUUUCGUGACACGACGUCGAUUUCCUGCCUGUCAUCUGUCGUAACAAAACACAUUGCGUCUAGACCAAAAUCACUUGCGAGAGCCCUCCAUCACUCCUAGAACACCAACCGACCUGAUCCAAGCACACCUACGAACUACAGAGACACUCCAGCCACAGGCAUAGGCAGCGCCGAUUGCUAAUACCCUGGACGACGAUCGAAGCCCCGCGACCCCGAGCUCUCUCACACGUAUACGCGCACGCCAGGACGCGAGACGUCAUACUCGAAACGGGAGAACCCCCGAUCGGGCUCUCCCCAUCGCGCCUCCGCAACUCCCCGCCAACUCCCUAGGGCUUCGCCCCUCGAAACCCCCUUCCACCACCUUCAAGAUGGCUGUCGCGUCGAUACAAGACCGGACUGCCGAGUUCAAGUCGGUCUUGGCGCAGGCUCAGCGGCGGCAGGCAACCGCCAAGGUGGGCGCGCAGAGGCGAUCGCUCCUGACGGACGCGCAAAAGGCCGAUGCGAACGGCUCGGCUCGGCCACGCAAGUCCGACUUUGCGCGUCGCGCUGCCGAGAUUGGGCGCGGCAUCGCCGCCACUAUGGGCAAGCUGGAGAAGCUGGCGCAGCUUGCUAAGAGGAAGACGCUGUUUGACGACAGACCCGUCGAGAUCAACGAGCUGACUUUUGUCAUCAAGCAAGAUCUGUCGUCGCUCAACCAGCAAAUAUCCGGCCUGCAUCAGCUUUCGCGGCAGCAGCAUCCCAAGGCGGACCAGGAGGGCGAGCAUAAUAAGAAUGUCGUCUUCUUGCUCCAAGGCAAGCUGACGGACGUGUCGGCCAACUUCAAGGACGUGCUCGAGGUGCGCACCAAGAACAUCCAGGCAUCGAGGUCUCGGACAGAGAACUUCAUCUCGUCGGUGUCACAGCACACGCAGGCCCCCGCCCUGCAGGCCUCGGCGUCACCGCUGUACGGCACCCCGAGCAGGGGGACGCCAUCGCCCGGCGUGGACCUGCUCAGCCUCAACCCUGGACCCAACAGCCCCGCGGGUGGCGUCGCGGGCGAUCAGCAGCUCCUGAUGAUGGAGGAGGCGCAGCCGCAAAACAUGUACAUCCAGCAGCGCGGCGAGGCCAUCGAGGCCAUCGAGAAGACCAUCCAGGAGCUGGGCGGAAUCUUCGGUCAGCUGGCCACAAUGGUGUCGGAGCAGAGCGAGAUGAUCCAGAGGAUAGACGCCAACACCGAGGACGUGGUAGACAACGUUGAUGGUGCGCAGAGGGAGCUGCUAAAGUACUGGUCCCGCGUCUCGGGGAACCGGUGGCUGAUAGCCAAGAUGUUUGGCGUGCUGAUGAUAUUCUUCUUACUUUGGGUCCUCAUCGCUGGAUAGACCGGGACUGGGUCAAGGAUCGGAAUACCACAGUAGAGGCGACGGCCAUGACCACGCCAGUUAUAUCAUGCAUUACUACCGGGAAAUGGGCGGCGGCGGUGUUUCUCAUCCCCUUUGAUAUUCUCGGCUGUUUAUUUUAUUGUUUUCUAUGUUCCCUUUCCCCUGUACCACCACCAAUAGUGCCCUCAUCAUCCCUUUCUCAUUCUUGAUUCCCGCUUGCGGUACAUCACCGUUGCAGCAUCACCCCAGCAUAAACCUCAAUUCUUGAGCAAGCGAUUGGGCCCAAGACUUGGGCCAAUCUGCCAGUAAAUAGCAUGUGUUUAGACAAAGACAAGGAAACUCGGAGGCCUUUUUUUUGUUGUGUUUUGACACAAAUUUUGGGGUUCCUGAUUCUCGCG